GGGAGACGGGAACUGAGAGCGCGAACACGUCGUGCUGACGAGCCACGGUAGUUGACAGCUGGAGCGGUUUUCCGCGCGGUUUUUUCUUCAUCUCUCUCCGUCACACGCCGAACCAUGAUAACAAUCGUCGGACGAACGUUGACGCGCCGGGCGAUCCCGUAGGCGCAAUCACCGGACUAUAAAUAACGAGACAAAAGGCGCGACGGAGAUUUAAAUUUGGAUCGUAUCGAACGGCGCGAGGGACAACCGGCCAGCCGAGCGGUAGGACGAGGACUAUUUUAAAACGAUCGGGAGGCGGUUUCAUGUCAAUUUUGGCGUCACACGCGCCCGAUGCGUCUGUGAUCGACGUCAAUAGGAAUUCUUCGCACGUAACCCGCCUUCGUCAUAACCGUCCUUAAUAUGGGGAUAAUACUGUCCAGGUUUCAGAAAAAGAAGACGACCAUUGAAAUUUUGGAGAGUCUAGAUACACAAAUCAAAGACAUCCAACAGUAUGGACAGACGACAGAGCAGAGACACAAGAAGAUAGUGGGGACCAUUAUCAUCUAUGGAGUUAUUCUUUAUAUUAUGAUAGCAUUCAUUUUUUAUUUUUGCUUCUUCCCAGCUUCGUUGUACGAUCAAAUCUUUUAUAUAACACCAUUACUGUUUUUCCCCAUUUUAAUACUUUUAACAAAGAAAAUGGUUUCUUGGUAUUACAAUCGUAAAAUUACUCAUAAUCAAGAAAAAUUGUCCACGAUCAUGGCGGAGAAAAAGAAAAUAUUAAAUGAAGUUACUGAAACGGAAACGUACAAGAAAGCUAAAGAGAUAUUAUUAAAAUUUGCACCAGACGAAUUAACUAUGUCACCUUUAACUCCGAAGCUUACCUAUAGGAUGUCACUGCCAUCUGAGACACCUCGGCGUCCUGCACCACAGGCUGUAAUAUCUCCUCUACCUUCCGAGUUAAGAAGAAGGAUCGUACCAAUUCAAAAUCAGCCACAAAGUGCACAGACUGGUGUACCUACUUCUGGUCAAACGACACCUGUCACUAGACCGAUUAAUCAGCCUUCAAAUACUCCUUUCCAGUCUAGAGUAAUUAAUCCUGCGACCAUAGGUUUCCGAUCACCGUUACCACGACCUGUAUUGCCGCAACAAAGAACAGUGAUUGAUCGUUUGGUUGAUUAUUUAGUAGGUGACGGUCCUGCAAAUCGCUAUGCUUUAAUUUGUCGGCAAUGUGAAUCGCAUAAUGGAAUGGCUCUGAAAGAAGAGUUUGAAUACUUCGCAUAUAGAUGCUGUUAUUGUGGUUUCUGGAAUCCCGCGAGAAAGCAAAAACCUUCUGCUCCAAAAUUAGAUUUUGAUAUCCCUGCUACAGCUUCGAAUAUACCUGAAACUAAUCUACCUAGUAAUGCAGACGAAGAGAUAAAAUAUACAGAGCUGGAAACCAGCACGCAUUCAGAUACAGAUUCGGAUAUCGAAGUAGUUGAAAGACCAGGUGAAACAUCUGACACUCCUGAAUCAGAAACCAAGGAAUUAUUAGAUGAGAAUGAAUCUGAUAAAAUACAGUCGUAGCACUCAUAAUUUUUCUAUUCGAAUAAACAGCCUGAAGGCGCAACAGAAUAUUUGUAAAUUAUAAAUUCAAGUAAGUUUAAAAUUUGAUAAAAGUAAAGAGGGUAUAAGUAAACAAAAACGGAAACAUAAAUCAUUGAAAUAAAAUGAAUUAUAAAAUAUGUUGACUUUCUUAACACGUAAUGAGAGUUAGAAGUGUAAAAUACCUUUUUAGAUUAUAAUUAUAAUUCAGUCAAUUGAAGUGCUAUUUAAUGGAAAUUGUUACUAUAAUUUAGAAAUAACAAAUAUUAUAAGAUUGUUGGUAACGUACGUAAUGAAAUCUGACAGAUUUAUCUAAGUUUUAAUUAUAUAGCACUUGCAAGACAAUUUGUGGAAAAUAUAUAAGAAUCUUACACUUAUGAUUAGAGAUCGAUCAUAGAUCGGUCGUUAACAAUCCUUAUCAUUCCAAAUCUUUAUUUGCAUUAGCGUUGUUAUUAAAUGCAAAAAACUAAAGUAAAAGCAAAAAAAAAAUCAUUAGUCUAAUUCCUUUUAAAUAUCUCGUAGAUUUCAUAGAAAUAUUUAUUGCAAUAUUUAUAUGAAAUUGCAUAACAUUUUUAUAUAGUUUUUGAGGUAUAAUCUAAUUAAAUGCAACAAAAUACUUGAACAAUUGCAUGCAUGCGAAAGGUUCAUGUUGCACAUCAAUUAACAAUGUAUUUUUUAUAAGACUGCCUAUCUUAUCUGCAGUGGCAGAUCAAUAUUUAUAUUAGGCAACAAAUUCUUUUGAGAAGAAUGCGCUGGAUCUUUCUUUCAUACAUCUUAAGCUCAAUCAGUCAUGCCUUUUAUCUGAAUAACGCAAUAGUCGCAUAUAUCGCUUUAUGAAAAUUAACUUGAGCGUUCUAGCUGUAUUUAAUUAUUUUACUUAUAGCUUAGUAGUUUAGGAUAUUGUGGAAGAUGAUUCUUGUUAUGUAAAUGUGUCGUCUUUAGAAAGAAGAAACGAAGAAAAAUAAUGCAUUUUUUAACAGCAUUGCGGUCUUGCAUGGAAAAUUACUUAACACGCAGAUAGUUUCUAGAUGAAAUAAUAUCAUGAGAAUAGAAAUUUGAGAAUGCGCUCUAUAUUAUAUUACUUAUGAUUACACACUCUACUGUGAUUCUAGAUAGGCUAAUAAAACUCAUGAUUAUUGUAUCAGCUCGAAUUCAACCUUAAUGUAACCGUGAAUUGUAAAUGAAUGUGAUUGUUUUUCAUUA